AUGACUCCUACACCCCCUUCCACUACAUCUUCAAGCGCCGGAGGUCACUCUCCAGAAGGCCAAUAUCGGGUUGUACGAAAGAGAAACAGGAUUCCCCUAUCAUGUGGGCCUUGCCGGCAUAGAAAGUUGAAAUGUAAUAGGUCACAUCCAUGCGAGAAUUGCACGAGGAGAGGUGACGCUUCCUCGUGCUCGUAUGCUUCACCGGGCACACGCAAGAAGAAUCAAAGUCAAGGAGCAACUAGUCCCGAUGAUAUGCAAAAUCGUAUUGACCGUUUAGAAGGCUUAGUCUUAUCCUUGAUGACAAAUGGUGCCUCGUCUGCAGGCCCAGUCGCCGCCGUUGCUGCCAUUAACCGUUCUCAAAGCGAUAGUGCGGCUUCAUCCUUUCCUCCCGAUCUGGAACAAGACGACGACAUGAUCAAAGAAGAGGAUGAUGAAGAUAGCGAUGUGGAUGGUGUUGCUAACUCACUGGGUGUAAUGAAAGUUGAUCCCGAUAAAGGAAAAACAACAUAUUUAGGAGAUUCGCAUUGGCACUUGGUCUUAGCAGAUAUCGCAGAAGUUAAGAACUAUUUCAAUAGUCACAAAAAGGAACUCGAAAACAAAUACGAAAAAAUCAAAUCUCAAAAGCCACAUGCCAGUGAUGGUCCUACAUUUCUAUUCGGUGCACAUACACCGGCUACAGAUGAUGAUAUCCGAAAGGCACUCCCUUCCAAAUCCGAAGUUGAUAAACUCGUCACGAGAUAUUUCAACACAUACGACCCGGCUCUACACAUCAUACACUCUCCAACUUUUCACAAGGAGCUGCAAACUCAUUGGCAAGAUCCGGCGAAAACCUCGAUAGUAUGGAUCGGCCUUUUGUAUUCAAUUCUCUGCUUAGCCAUGCAGUCAUACCAAAAGAUUGGGGAUGAACCACCGGAAUGGAAAGGUCGUACUCUUGAUGUAGCUGGUGAAUUUAGGCUGCGCACGGUCCAAUGUCUUGUAAAUUCCGAUUAUACCAAGUCAUCACUCUACACGAUUGAGACGUUGAUUCUAUACGUACACGGCGAAUAUUCGAGCCGGUGGGAUGCUGAAGUGGGGCUUUGGGUCAUUAUCGGCAUGAUCACUCGACUAUCGAUGCGGAUGGGCUAUCAUCGGGACCCAAGCAAUUUCCCUGGUAUCUCUCCUUUCCAAGGUGAAAUGCGUCGUCGAAUAUGGGGAUUUGUCCGCGCCUUGGAUACGAUGUUCUCCUUCCAAUUAGCACUUCCAAGUAUGAUCCGUGAUAGCGACUGUGAUACAAAACCUCCUCGCAACAUAUUUGAAGAUGAAUUCGGUCCGGAUUCGAAAGUUUUACCACCCGCGAGACCGAAUACCGAGCCUACUCCUAUAUCCUACAUGCUCGCCAAAGUCAACAUAGCGAUAGAACUGAACUGCAUCCUAGAGGAAAUACAAAGUGUCAAUCCUAAGGGCAUUGCGUAUGAUGAUGUUCUUGCACGCGAUACUAAAUUGUGGGAAUUGAAGCGCAAUCUUGCUCCUCAUCUUCGAAUCCGACCCUUGGAAGAAUGCACGCAUGAUCCUGCGACACUUUUGAUGCACAGAUUCAAUGUGGAUAUCAUGUGGCAGAAGACUAUGUGUGUCCUUCAUCGAAAAUACCUUGCACGUGCGAGACAAAACCCUCGCUACAAUCAUUCCCGUCAAGCCUGUGUUGAUGCUGCGAUGCAAAUUCUUCGACACCAACACAAACUUCAUCUUGAAUCCAAACCUGGGGGACAAUUGCGCUCAAUGAGAUGGGCCAUUUCAUCCCUUACCAAGCAUGAUUAUCUACUCGCUGCAAUGAUAGUAUGCCUAGAACUUCAUUAUGAUACUCUUUCGAAAUCGAAUCCCCAGGGUCUGGCGAACGAUAGACAUUUCUGGAAACCAGAACAACUUACCGAUAUGCUCAAAGCUCUUGAAACCUCCCAAAAAAUCUGGAGUGAGACCAUGGGAGAAUCGAUGGAGGCAUUUAAAGCAUGCAAAACAUUGAAUAUCAUUCUCGAGAAGCUAAAGGCCAGCCGGGCACCAGCCACUACUCCUUCUACCGCACCUAUGACCACCGCCGAAGCUUUCUCACAAUUCGAUGAUGAAAGCCUCAGACCCGAGCACUCGGCGGCUAUGACUCUGGGCAUGCUUUCUGGUGGUCUAUCGCCGAAUUCGGCAGCUAUCUUGAACAGCAUGGGUCAAUCUUCAACAGGAUAUGCCAACAUGGACUUGAACAUGACUGAAUCGAGCGGAAGCGGUCUCACACCAUUCGCACUCGAUAAUAAUAUGAAUCCUUUCGCCACCAUAAAUGCCGGCGCAUCUCCCUUUUCCAUGUUCGGCAACGCCGGUAAUGCUCCUGGGAUGAUGGAUCUGCCGGCAAAUAUCGACUGGGAACAAUGGGAUCAAUUUAUCGGCAAUGGAAAUGCUAUUGAUCCGGCCUUUCAAUUCUAUCCGACGAAUCUGGAACCUUCACCUCCUGGUGGGGACGGCCAACAACAACAACAACAACAACAACAAUAUGACCCGUCAAAUCCAUUCGGUGGUCCUUUUAUGGGGGCAAAUACUCCGGGGAGAUGA